AUGGCUCAAGCCAUGCCGUACUUCUGUUUUUGGGAGCUGCAAGUUUUGCUUGAUCGGGUCAACGAGCAGGUGCUUGCCACAACCGAUCAAGAUGAGAAACAAAUUAUGCGAGUAACUAAAAAGCGCCUACAAGAUCGCCUGUACCAACGCAAGCACCGUGCCAAGCGCGAGUACAAGAUUUUGAUGCUCGAGCACGUGAAUCAAACACUGCAGACCGACAUAGCAUGUUUGUAUCAAAACCUGCAAUGCAACCAACAGAAAAAGUCACCUGCAUAUGCAAACGAUGAGAACCAGCGACGACAACAACCGCUGCAUCCAGAUGAGUCACUUAAAAACCAUGCAGAAUUAGUUGUCUUGCAAUUUUUCCGUGUGUAUCACGAUGGCUACUCAUUGUCUUUAUCAGGGUAUCAAGAACGUUUUCUCCGCUCAAUUUUAGCCGCAGAUGUUGUAGGUGUCGACCUUCGGGGCGCCGAUGCAUUCAUACAACAAUGGCGGCUGUAUGAUCAGUACUUCGAGCUAUACGUUCUUGAGCCACAGAUCUGGAAAACGCACCCCGUUGGUGACGAAGGUGUUAUGGUGGAGGUGGAGUUAAUGCUUUACUUACGAUGUCAUCGACAAAGUAUCAGCUCGCUUUUUUCCAGUGUCAAAACAGGUCGAGUUGAUUUUGAGCAUGUGCGGCUGCUCAUUACCGGUACAACUGCUGUCGCGGGUACCUAUACAUUCGUGUUUAAUCGCUCAGGCUACGUUAGCAAUUUAUUGGUCUGUCUACAGCUUCUUGACACACUACGACGGUUGCUUGGCUCGCUGCAGAAUGUGGUGGAGCUUACAGAUGGUGGUCGCAUAGCACUUAGCAGCGGGACUAUCACGGUCGGAUCUGGUAUUCACACAAUCUUUGAAGACGUCUGA